AUGACCCGGCUGCGAGAGGAUCUUCAAGGCCCCGACCGCCACCUGGCAGCCGGUCGCCUGGAGCUGGUCUCCGGCUGGCUUUAUUCUGACGCGUCUGUCCGAGCUACGCUGAGCCAGGCCGCGGUUACCUCCGAGAAGGAGAGGCAGGCCGGCGCCCAGGCCGCGGCUGCUCGCGAAGUUGCACCAAAGGAUGCCGAAACCGCCCAGGAUCGCUGCCGGGCGCUGGAGGCCGAGAUGAAGAAUCUGCGUGAUCUGCGCGCAGAAGAGGCUCGUGGUCGCCAGGCGGAGGAGGAGAAGAUGAAUGCCCGGGAGGACGCCAUCAAGGACCGCAACGCUGAACAGAAGGCGCAGGCCGCAGAACGCAGCCGAUUGGAGGAGCUCGAGCGGAAGGUGGAGGCAGAGAAGGCCGAUCUUGGCGCCAAGGCGAAGGUCCUCACCGAGCAUCGUGCGGCCUUCGCACUCCUCGGGAAAAGGUCCCGCACGGUGCUGAAGACACUCUACGAGAAAGGUUUGGAGAGGCCGCUGACCACCGGCGAGGACGGCCCCACCCAGCUGCUUCCCUUCUUGGUUGAUGCGCUCGAGGAGGUCAUGAGCGGCAUCGGUCCCAUGGCAGAGGAAGAAGCUCGCGCUUCCCUGUUGGCGGCGACUACACAAGCCGCUGAAGUUUCCGAACUCAAGUGGAAGCUGAAGCUGGCCGAUGAUGAUAUCGACCACAUUAACAAGUGGUUCGAUGAGGUGCAAGGCAGUGUGGCCGAGACCGAAGUCGCUCGCCGCCAGCACGAGGAGAGGGUGACCGAGGUGGGGCAGGAGCUCAAGGACGCCAUUGUCAAGUGCGAAGCCUUGGAGGAGAAGAGUGCGGCCCAAGCGGUCGAUCUCGCCAAGGCUCUCCAGGAGGCCAAGGAGGCGCGGACCGAGUCCCGCUUGGCUCGUGGGGAGAUCCAGCGGGCUGAGCAGAUAGCGGCUGACGCCUUUGCGGAUCUUCCGAAGAGUGUUGCCGAUGCCGCACAAUUCUUCCGGUCCCAGGAAGGGCACACAACGGAGAAGCUCUUCUGGUCACAGUUCCUGGCGCUGGAGUGUCCGGAGCUAUUGAACAUCUAG